UCUGCUGUAAAUAUCAGCUCCUCCUCCCGCUGACUGAUAUUGAUUUCCUGCAGAAGUCCUUUCACUUUUGUUCUGAAUAGUUUGUUUAACAAAAAAACAUUGAACUAAAUGGCUCAAGACUAUAUGAAGCAAGGAGUUAACGUGUGACAUCAUGUUUUCGUCGUUGCUGUUUCUGAUAAUAAUACUGAAAGUCUUCAUUGGACAGAUCCUCACAUGUCAUCCAGCAGAGUACCUAACAGCAGGAGGAUGCUGUCCUAGAUGUCUUGCUGGAAGUCGAGUUGAAACAGAUUGUACAAAGAUCAGUAGUACAUCCUGUCUGCCCUGCAUUGAUGGAACCUACAUGAAUCAUCCCACUGGACUUAAACAGUGUUUUACCUGUGGAAACUGUGAUUCAGGAACCAGCAGCACUGAUACAGUGUGUGACAACUGUCAGCCGGGCUAUUUUUCACAGGAUGGUGUGAACUGCACAGCUUGGACAAUUUGCUCAGAAACUGAAGUGAUGGUCAAAGAAGGAAACCAGACAAAUGAUGUCAUCUGCAGAAGUUCAUCAAGAAAUCACUACUCUUUAUUUUCACCAUUGUUAAUGGUUUUCUCACUAACACUUGCCUGGCUUGUGAGCAGAGGGGAAACCCUGGUGCAACAUAGAAAUGAGACUCCCCUCUUCCCAACUCCCAAGAACCACCAGCAACAAGGAUUACAGUCCUCAAAAGUAUUUAUUCACACAGUUGAUCGGGGACAUUUUGGCUUCACACACAAUUAUACUAAAUUAUCUACUCAAAACAAAAAUAAACCAAAAUACACAUCUCUUCCUGUAUACACACUUGCAAGAUACAUUUUACAGUAUUUCACAGGAGAGUCAUUCACAACGUGCUGGCUAGAAGUGGAGAGAGGAGGAAGUCAACCUUUAAACCACUAGCUAUUAGACUGGAACCAGUCAGCUCUUUAACUAACCACACAUGUACA